AUGACCUCCUUUGCCACUCCUUCCCCGCACUCCCCACGGCCAUUCUUCAAGCCUGCCUACCCCAGCUUCAAAGUAGGCAGGGUAGGAAAACUGUAUCUCCCCGCCAUGGCUGUCAUUGCAGCCGGAUUCGGCAUAGCCAAUUACCUCACCGAAGCCCAAGCCCAACAAGAACGUCACAGACUCCAAGAGGAAGAGCGAAUCCGACACAACCAAAAGCUGAUGGAAGCGUACGGGGACAAGGACAGCCUGCAUGAUGUCCAGCAUGCGUUGGAUGUCUACGAGAUCCAGUAA